AUGACAGGAACUAUUCCGGUAUCGUAUCACACGAGCAGAGGUGUAAUCGUUUACACACCUACCGACGUAUCCGCCGGUCCAUCAGAGCCAGCCCGGUUUCCUACGCCUCCGUGCCGACCUAGACCACGAAGACCGCACUCGAUACACAUCACCCGUUUACCUGCUGGCUUUGCUGCUGAUCUAAAGCCGUCGCCGCCGUCCCGAGAACCCAGAAAGCCCUCAAGAAGUCGCAUAGAAUUAAGAAAGCUGGCUUCCCGAGAUAGUGCAAAGCGGCUGCUUGGGUCGGUCUUUCCUUCCCUCUCCUCAUCUUCCUCCUCCGCCGCCUCGUCACCGGCGGCGGGUUCCAGAAGAUCGUUGAGCCCAGCAUCCCCAGCGUCCCCAGCGUCCACGAGGCCUCCCUCUUUCACCGCGGCAGCCGCGGACCCCACAUCACUAUAUUCCAGGAGGUCCGGCUUGGGAAUAACUGGAGUGGAUGAUCCUGCAAUGCCUGAAUCGACGGCGGUGUCUGGAGCGGAGGUGAGCUCCCAAGGCGCUGCACCCAGGGGCAGCGUCAGCGGGGCUUCGGUGACACCAGCGAACACUGGUUCUUACGUUCAGGAGAAACCUGUAUGCGCAGGAAAUGGAGUCUCCUGUUACAUCACCCUGGCCGAGCCGACAAUUUUCUUGACAGGCCUGGACCACGAUUCUAUGUCGCGGGACGCUCACAGGUCAAGUUCCUCCAGUGCGAUGCUUCGAGGGAUAUUACGCUUAGAUAUCACAAAGAGUGUCAAGAUAAAGGCCAUAACCUUAAAGUUUACGGGGAGGGCUCGAACCGAAUGGCCCGAAGGUAUCCCUCCCACGAAGACUGAGACAUAUGAAGAGGAAUCUCUCAGAACUCAAGUUUUACCAUUUUUCAACGCUCUGUACCAAGGGUCAGAAAAGGGGUAUGGCACAUUGUGUAAUUACGUGUUGCGCCAGAAAACUGCAACUUCCUCGGUCACAAGUAUUUCUGGCAACCACUCGAGCACAAACCUGCAUCAUCCCCAUUCAGAACACGGUAUCUCAUUGCCAAUCAUUGGUAAUCGAUCAAACAGAUCAAGCACGAUAUUAUCAGCGAAGGAUUUGAAACGACUGUCUUUACAGAGCAAUCAAUCCCGGAGCUUUCAGAAAGGGGACUCACCAGUCGGCCCCACGCCGCAGCAGAAGGGAUACAAAACAUUUCAUCCUGGGAUUUACGAGUACAGCUUCGAACUUCCAAUAGAUAACAACAGCCCCGAGACAGCAAAUCUGCCACUCGCUUCGGUAAAAUGGAUGUUAGAAGCUUUGAUAGAGCGAAAUGGGACGUUCAAACCGAACCUUCAAGGGUUCAAAGAGAUCCCAGUCGUCCGAUCACCUUCAGAAGAUUCCCUGGAGUUGAUCGAGCCAAUAUCUAUCAGCAGGAAAUGGGAGGAUCAACUGUACUAUGAAAUUAUGAUAUCCGGCAAAUCGUUUCCUCUAGGUUCCAAGAUUCCCAUCGCAUUCAAGCUGACGCCCUUGGCUAAGGUGCAAGUUCACAAGCUCAAGGUUUAUGUCAGCGAAAAUAUCGAGUACUUCACAAACAAUCGGAAAGUUACUAGGAAGGAUGUGAUGCGAAAGAUCCUGCUGCUUGAAAAGGUAGCGGGGCGACCUUUAGCGAAAGAUUACAGCUCAUCAGAAGUGAGAGUUCUCGCUGGUGGGGAAAUGAGCCCGGAAGACAGGGCUCAUGCACGGGAGAAUACUAGGAGAUACAGAGAAAGGUUGGCGAGGGUACAAGGCACGACACCGCAACCUCUGCCCGAACCAACGGAAAAUAUUCUUGGUGAACUGGAUCUAGGCGAGCAGUAUUGGGGUCAGACAGAAAUCGAGAUGAAUGUUCAGUUACCGACAUGUGAGAUGAUGGAGAAGGAUAAGUCGAAACGAUUGGUCCAUGACUGUAGCUGGAAGAACGUCAAUGUGCAUCAUUGGAUUAAGAUCGUUAUGCGUAUCUCUCGUUUAGAUACCGAGGAUCCAGAAGGUAAAAAGAGACGUCACUUCGAGAUCUCUAUCGACUCGCCCUUCACCAUUCUCAAUUGUCGCGCGACAAGAGACAACUUAAUGCUUCCGGAGUAUUCGGGGUUAAAUGCUGCCAGUCUCGGUCAACAACACGUCUGCGGAUGUCCCAACGCCGCUCCCACCGCCACUAUGACAUCUGAAUCAACCGCCCAGGCCAUAGCUAAUAGCCAUGGUGGUGCUGUCGAAACACCCGAAGGCCCCGAACAAUUUGUCCCACCAAGCCUUACAAGACCACCCCAGGUUCACCUAUCAACAGGUGCAGUCGUUCAACGCCCGAUCCAUAUGCUAAGGCAUCCAAGUUAUAACCCGCCUGCAUUCGAUGCAGAACAGCCCCCUCCACCACUUCCAACACCACCGCCUCUUUAUGAACAGGUAAUCGGGACUCCAAGCCACGAUGGUCUAGCGGAUUACUUUGCGAGAUUGGCCGAGACAUAUGAAGAUGAGAACAACACGGACGAGGAAGACAUAAAUAGAGCAACCAGCCGCGGAAGAGUCAACAUCGUCAACCCCAGAACCCCUGGGGGGCGAAUUGCUCGCAGCAUGGAUAUCGACCGGAAUUUCAUGUUCAAUCCUUCGGGCUUCAACAAUACCCUUAGACGCGAAACCGAGAACGAGGGACAGUCGCUACCUUCAACAGUUGAAGCUGCAUGA